GUUCGAAUCACAACAUGGCGGACACAGAGAAGCGGUAAGUGCAAGCUCUGCUUCAUCUAGAGAAAGAUUUACCUCUAAGAUCUAAAGGAUGCUCUUUUUUCGAUUAACAGGAGGUUGUGUGACAUGGAUGCGGAGGAAUUUAUGAUGCACGGCUUUGAUUCAGACCUCAGUGACGACGAAGAAAGCUUGCCGGAGGAUAACACAUUAAGUCCUUUACCAGGAAAAGUUCCUCAAAAUGGUGCUCGUUUACCCACAAAGUAAUUUCUGGAUGUUUCAUUUUUAACUAGAUAUCUAGAAAAUAACCCUGAGCCUCACGGUAUACGUGAAUGAGACGUUGCAUGCAUUAUGAAGAUUAAAGUGACUUAAUUAUGACGAGCUUAAUUUGAUAGCAGUACUCAAAUCUCAACAGAAAAUCUAAAAGUGCAGACCACAAGAAACAGCUGGAAAAAUUACAAGAAAAGGAUCCUGAGUUCUACAAGUUCUUGAAAGAAAAUGAUAAGGAGUUGUUGGAAUUUAACGACUCAGAUACUUGCUCAGAAAUGGAAGGAAGUAAUGAUGGUGAUGGUGAUAUGGAUGAGGAUUAUGAUGAGGAAAAUGAAGAAGACAGCGAUGAUGAUGAUAAAGGAAGGAGUGAAGUAGGAAAACUUUGUGGUGUUAUUGUCACUCUAUUUGUAAAUGAUUUUCCUUCAUCAAAGGCUUAGCACUGUACCAUGGACUUCAAUAAGGGUGUGCAAGUUGAAUCCAUGUACUUCAUAACACCACAUUUAAUUUCUCUUGCACAACGUAGUGUAAUUUAUUGAAGUUUCUUAUGAUGAAACAGCCUUUGAAUGUUUGAAUGGACAUGGCCCAAAGUGCCUCGAAUCCAAAAUGAUCAAAUAUUCUAUCACCCACAUUAAAUAAAUGUAAUAGUGAUAUACCAUGUGUACUGCCCAGAGAGUUCUUUUAAACAUGAUGUAAUUUUUUGCCACAGACAGAAUGAAAUAACCAAGUAUCCUUGACCAUAAACUCUGCUAUGGAGAAUAAUGAGAAUUAUAAUCUAAAGAACAAAAUCAUUUUAAUUUCUGCUCUUUGAGAUUCUUCUUCUUUAAUAUAUACCAGUGUUAAUUUUGAGAUAUAUCGUCCAGCCUGACCUAACUCAGUUAUUUAAUUUUAACCCUUGCAGAGUGAAGCAAAGAGAGAUGAAUCUGAUGAUAGUGAAGAGGAUGAUGGCCUGGAUGAUAGAAAUGAAGAAAAUAAAGAUGCGAAUGAAGGCCAAAAAGUUUCUUUGGAUAUGAUCAAAGGAUGGAGAGCAGGACUAGAGGUACUUUUAUUUAAAAUUUGAAGCUGUGCUUUAUUACAAUUGUUCAUGGAAUGCACUGUUCUGUCAGCACUACUCAACUAAAACUUAGUUGAAAGGUUUUUUCAAAACAGGAAAAUUUGUUUUUGACUUUGCUCAUUUCUUUGCUUCCCAUUUUACCCAAAAUUCCUUUGAAAAAAUGAAACGCCCUGUAGGAAAUUAAUAAAAUGGUGUAUGUGAUAGAAGGUGUCAAUGGAGUUAACCCUGUAACUCCCAGAUCAAAUUUGUAAUUCUUCUCACUGUCAACUAUACAAUUCUUAUAAUGCGAGUUCAGAGAAUUUAGUAUUGGAUCAACUAAUUAUCCCCAAAUUGAUCUCACUCUUAAUUCUCAUCACUUAUCUGGUAGAUGUUGUAUAGAUAUUGUAAGGAGAAAUUCUGUCUUGGUCAUUUGUGUGAGUUAAAUGGUUAAGCAUUAGCUGUAAAACAACAAAAACUUUAGCUGUUUGGCAUAAAUGGACACAUUUGAACUGUAAGUUGGAAAAAAAAUUGCCCAUAAGAAAAUUUCUUUUAAUUAUAAAGGAAAGAAAUUAACCAUUAGCCUGGAGAAGUCCAAAAUUUUAACCUUUGAUCGUAAGAGCCAUCACCUCAUUGAGAUCCUCAAGAUAAGGGAUACCAUUGAUCCAAAGGUGACUAAUCUCUAACUAGGCACUCAAAAUACUUAUGUUAUUUUUUUAUAAAUGAAUUGAUGUACCUACGAAAAGUGAACUGCUGCUAAAUUUACUGUUAUUUAUGUUUUAAUUAAGCUGUGUUGCUUGCUUCCAGAAAAAUUCACUUCAUGUUCUGAAAAAAUCUCUGCAAGCAUUCCGUUCUGCUGUACACGGGGCCCUUGGUACUGUUGAUGACAGCAAAACACAGACACCCUUGAAAUUCAAAGUAGAGGGAGAUACAGGUAAAAAAGUUUCUUAUGACAAUUGCAUAAUUAAUUUUUAGAGGUUAAGGGCUGAGUUUUACCAACCUAGUGACUCAUUAGUGUUACAUCUUAAUUGGCUUGGUUUCUGUUAUGCACACAUAGCACUAAAGAUACUAUUCUUGAUGGGAUUACAGGGCUCGAACUUAACUUUUUUGUCUACUAGCAAAGUUUUGCUAGUAAGAUUUUUUUUACUAGCAAAAGAAGGAACCUAACUAGCAAAUGUUUGCUAGAGGAUAUUUUUUAGACUCACAACUUCGAAAAACCACUCGCAUUUAGCGAGUUUGCGAGUGCUAAUUUCGAGCCCUGGAUUAUAGUCCAAAACAGGGGCCUUUUUCCUUAAUCCUACAGCUCUCUGCAGGGUCAGAUCAGAGUGUAAAUUCAAUAUGAUCAUGUGUGUAUUUUCAUUAAUUUCUUUUCCAGUGUUCAAUGCCAUUGUUCAGCUUUGUUUGAAACAUGCUUACUCAGUACUGUUCCACCAUGUUGGAGGGACACACAAUAGACAUGGAAAGAGGUUUGUAAAAGGCUGUCAGUCAGACUACUUGCCAGCCAGCCAGUCAGGCUGUCAGUCAAUAAGUCAGUCAUUCAGUCAGUCAGUUAGUCAUUCAAAUAGAUUGAGACAGUUAGCAAGUCAGUCAGUCAGUCUGCUAGUCAGUCAGCUUGUCAGCUAAUCAUUCAAAUAAUCACUCAGUUAGUUUGUCGGUCAGCAAGUCAAUCAGUUAGUCAGUCAGUCAGUUAUUAAGUCAUUCAGUCAGUCAGUCAGUAGGUUAGUCAUUCAAAUAGUUUGUGAGUCAGUGAGUCAGUUAGCAAGUUAAUCAGCCACUCAGUUAAUCAUUCAAAUAGUCACUCAAUUAGUUAAUCAGCAAGUCAGUAAGUCAGUCAUUCAGUCAGUCAGUUAUUCAUUCAGUCAGUUAUUGAGUCAGUCAGUCAGUCAGUUGGUUAUUGGAUCAGUCAGUCAGUCAACUGACAAGACCGCUACUAGCCAAAUGACACCUUCCAAGAAAGAGUUUUUUUCCACUCUCUGGUUUUUACACUACAGAAUUCUACCCUCUUCACACACAAAGUGGUCUCAAGUGAAGACACCUUUAAAGCACUAUCUUAGUGAUGUCCUACAGGUAAGUAAACUCAUCAUUCAAUGAUAAUCUCAGGAAUCACAUUGUAGUGUUCUCAUGAACAUUUUUCAACAUUGUCAUGUUUUUUCCUAACAGUUGUUGCGGACCCUCACAGAGCCAUCCAUGUUGUGUGUAAUUCUGCGACAUGCACAGCAAUUAACGCCAUAUUAUGCCUGCUUUCCCAAAGUGGCUAAGGCUUUUAUUAAGGUAAAACUGCAGUCUUGGCAGUGCAGUUUUUUGUCUCCGACAUGUAACAGUUAUUGCAAUUAAAUCAGUUAGUCAUGGACGUAAUUGUUAUGAAGAGUGCCGGUUGUUUUGUGUGAAACUUUUAUUACGACAAUUGCUAUUCAAACCAGUGUGUUUUUAUCGAGAGUGCCUCAACUUGCCCGCAAGAAAAGAAAUGCUCGCACUGAAUUGACAGUCAUGAGGGUCCUCUCCCAAACUAAAAAUCAAACGAACUUGUCAUGCAUUACCUUAUAAAAAUACUUCAUAAUGUGCAUGUGUGAGGCUCGUUGCAUAUUGUAUUCAGUUAUGACUUUUUUUGACAAGUGUAAUUUAGGGCAUUUUUUACUUAAAUUUCGUAAGUUUCGACUUUUCAACACUGACAAACUGCAGUGGCCAAACCUUUUAGAAAGUUAAUUGUCUGUGGCAUUUGGGAGGCAUAAGCGAAUUCCGAUCACAACUCUAACUGAUAUCGGGAAUAAGCUCUCCAGAGCGUAUUAAAGCAAAACCAAGAUUGAUUUGGAAACUCACUUGAAAACUGCUCUAAUCUUCUCUAUUUCAGCGUCUUGUUAGGAUGUGGAGUGGCGGUGAAGAACACGUCAGAGUCCUUGCUUUUCUAGGGAUCAGAAAUGUUUCCACCAUGAUGCCUGCUGCACUUCUGGAGUUUACUGUUAAGGUUUGUUUGUUUAUUAGAUCAAUUCUACUUAACAUGUUCUGAUUUUAAUCACACACUUAAGGAUACGGUAGACCUUCGCGAAAAAUAUUGUUGACGAGCUAUUUAAAGCGUGAGUACCAUACACUAUUUAGAGAUUGAAAGGUAACGAAAUGCGCAAUCUGGCAAAAUUGUUCCGUUUCAGCUUGAUCCAAUCGUAAACCGACUGGCUCGCGACAAUUCAAAACGGACGAUGUUUCUUUGAGCAAAUUAAUUGAGUAUCAAAUCUCACCGCACAAAUGAACUUUCUGCAUAAAUUUAAACCUGAGGCUUUGGUUUUCAAAUCGUUUGGGGAUUCUUCGAUAUUCUUAUUGGGUAUCGAGUUUACUUAUCAUAACUUUACUGAUACGCAUUACGUCGGAAGCCAUUGCGGAUAUCAUUUACGAAAAACGGAAAUCCCUCUCACGGUUUCCUUGGUUGGUGUCAUGGAAGUUUUCUCCCCAUUUCACAAACUGAACGUUAUGAGUUGUUAACAUUUUAAUUGAUGCCUCUGUUUAUUGCUAAAAAGUAGAAGUAGAAUAGAAAUAGUUCUUUCACUAAAUGUACUUAGUCUGAUGCAAAGAUCUGUGCUUUAAUCUUUCAGCAACUGUACAUGAAUUUUGUGAAGAAUGCAAAGUUUAUGUCGCCAAAGACCAAGCCCGUCAUCGCGUUUAUGCAGAACUCGCUUGUUGAAAUAUUUAGUUUGGAUGAACAUCUUAGUUAUCAGUAUGGAUUUGUGUAUAUCAGACAGCUUGCCAUUCAUCUUAGGAAUGCCAUUCUGCAGAAAAAGAAGGUACAAAAUGAUGUCUUUCCUUCUUUUGAAUCUCUAAGCUCGUGGUGAUAAUUUUCAAUGUGCUGGUGAUAAAGUUUUUUAGAGCCGAACGGACUGUAAUAUUAGGAAUUCAGUAUACGAUUAGUCUCGGUGCGAAUCAGAGAUAAAUACACGUGAUUCGAUGGUUUAAGACAUUCAAUCACUCUCUGCUGACAAAACAACAUCCGAACGUCCGCUGCUUGCACAAGCCACCAUACCAAUUCUGCUGUGGAAUCCGUGUUGCGCAAUAUUUCUGUUCCACCGCUUAUGUGCCCUUUAAAGCCGAUCUUUUAUGCUUUGUUGAUUAUUUUUUAUCCCGUAUCCCAUAGGAUUCAUACCAGUCAGUAUAUAACUGGCAGUAUAUUCACUGUCUUCAUCUUUGGUGUCGUGUUAUAAGUGAAGUGAAGGGCAGUGGAGUGCUUCAACCACUUAUUUAUCCUUUGGUUCAAACAAUCAUCGGAGCAAUCAAGUAAGCAGCUGAAUAAUAUAUUUUUAUAUUUUCCAUUCUUCACGUUGUUUGUAGUCUUCGCCGUUCUGUGUCGUUGUCAUAGUUCGAUUGCCGCUCAAAAAUGAAACAUUUUGGCAGGUUUCUGUGAGAAUAGACCCUCAAAGCGAGAUCGAAUUUACCUGAUUGACAUUUUCAUUCAGAUAAACACGGUGCAAAGCUGAUUCUACAAGUAUUUCCUGAAAUUGAGCUGUUGGCCUUUGUUUUCGUGGGAGUUUUACCAGUAUUUACUGUCAACAUCCAACAUCUUAAGUUAUAGCUAAGCCAGAGGGCGAUCUUCACCGGUUGUCGCUCCAGGAUCUGUCCCGUGUGCGGUCUACAAAAAAAGCGCUCCCACGCCACUUUUAUUGAACGCUGUGAUUGGUUGGUAAUUGGAUGUGUGUCUGGGGGCGGAAGAGCUUAAACGAUAGUGUGGGUACAGGCGUUACAUUUUUCACGCUUCUCCCUUCGCGCUCGCCUCGCGCUUGCCUCCGUUCGCUGAAAACGCCAAAAAAUUAACAUUGGUUCUGCAGGCUACCCAUUUUAGACACUAGCUUCUGAUUACCAUUGUUUGGACACUAAUGUCCAAUUUUAGACGUAGUGUCUGAUUACUAUUUUUUGAACGCUAAUGUCCGAUUUUGGACCCUAGUGUCUGAUUUAGGACACCGAAGUCUUUUUUUUGUCAGACUCUAAUGUCCAAUUACCAUUUUUAGACAAUGGCUAGCGUCUGAGUUUAGGCACCCUUGUCCAUUAUGUGGAGCCCUGCAAAGCGAUCGGAAGGAAAGAGUUUAAUAAAUUUAUCGUGGUAUUGUAACAGGUACUGUUCACCAGUGACUUCAGCAUCAGUGUUUUAUUUAUAUCCUGUUUUUUUUGUAGGCUCAUUCCUGCGGCAAGAUUUUAUCCUCUGAGGUUUCACUGUGUUCGUUCCUUGAACCUUCUAUCACAAGCCACAGACACUUACAUACCGGUUGCACCAUUUUUAUUAGAGGUAAGUCUAAAGGUAUACAGAGAAGGUGCCAGAGAUGUUGCAUUUGUGUCAUUAGCAGCCGCAACGUAUGAGGUUUACGAAAAAUAAAAGAAGGAAAAAGAAAGAAGAGAAAGAAGAAAAAAAAUUAAUGGACAAGCUUACCUGAAAAGGGCAGUGAAACCAUGUGCAUGUACUUGUUAGAACCUUCAGUGAUAAAGGAGGACCUUUCCAAAUUUAGUAGACUAGCAUCUUUUUCACCAAGAUGAUUAUUAGCUCUCUCAGAUAGUUGAAACAGGUAUUUGGCUUUUCUUUGAUACAUGUUUAUCUCGGUACUCUAUAAAUCAAAUCAGUUAGAUGCGACAUCCUGUGACAGGGUGUUAGACCAGAGGGAAGUCAUUACAACUGCUAAAGAUUUGCUUAUCAUCAAUGUUGUUUUUAGGUGAUGUUGUCGCUAUUUUUCCUCCCGUAGCCUCUUACAUUCAAGCGUUAGUAUUUAUAUUCUUUACACUGUUCUCUUUACGUUUCUUAUGUUACUGAAAAGGAGAAUUUGUUUAGCAAUCGGGAGCUUCUUAAAUUGGUGAUCAUUUCCUUUAUUCUCGUAACCUAUACAUUUGAUUCAAGGGUGACAUUGUAUGGAGAAACUAGAAGCCAAACACUUGUAGCGGUUAAAGCGUUAAUUACACCGAUGUAACCUUUUUUUUUAAAUAGAGGGGUAAGUUUCUAAAGAAACUGUGGGGUUGCGUCGGUGGAAGAGUAUAACAGGGUAAUUUAAUAUUAUCAACUGAGUUGAUAACGUAAAUUGGCCACCGUGAACUGAGAGUUGUAAAGCUAACCUUCCUUUGGUUUGUGUUAGAUCUUAGAGUCAGUCGAAUUCAACAAGAAAGUCAAAAUGUCUACAGCAAAGCCGACAGAGUUUUCUUGUAUACUGAAAGUUUCUAAACAGCAGUUGGGUACCAAGCCUUAUCAGGUAUUGUUAGACAAGAAUAAUUUGACCACCUUGACUGUCAUAAUUGUCACAAGAGCUGCGCUCCUUUGUCACAGUUUGUGCAUCUUUAACAAUCUUAGAUCUUCAUUUGCAAUAUAUUUUCUUCACCUCGUCCUGAGCCAAACCUAUUCUUUGUUGCUGUCUCCUGUAAGCUAAGGUGGCUUUAUACCAGAAAAACUUAGAUGAAAUAUCAGAUAUUACUCCAUAAAUAAGAAUGUAAUCUUUCCAGUUGAAGUAAAAAUUCUACGUCACAUAAUGGGCCUACGCAUCAUACCAACACUUUGCAGCGGAGAAAAGAAAAAUGUUUUUGGCUGGAGAGAAAACCAGCGUUUAAACGUUACGUUUUGUAUAAAGAGAGACCCUCUCGUCUAUAUCCCUGUUCGUUUAUAUCCUGCUCCUGUCCUCUGAGAUCAAAGUCCACUCCAGUGCAGGUAGCCCCAAGGAUUUUGACAGGUUUCCGUGACAUUGCGUUGUGAAUCAUUUUCUUCUGAGUUCAUAAUGAUAAAGCAAAUAGCUGGGAAAAAGGAAAGCAAACAAAAAGUAUAUAGGAUCAUGACUAUAGCUCUACUGUACACGAUUCGAAUUGGAAAUAGUUUUAGUGUUAACGUUCAGCAACAUCCGUUGAAGGAAAAUCAGUGGAUAACUUCCAAGUUUUAAUUAGCCAUGAUUCAGCCCUCAAGAUGACAGGCGAUUUACAAAUAUUAUUUGCUUUUUUGGUAUCAUUUAGUAGGGCUUUAUGUUAGUUGAAGUUAGAAUUGAUAAAAGAUGAAAAUUUAUUUAAAAACAAAACGUUAUUCGGAAGCACUCCACUUUUGUUUCUAGUGUUGGAAAAUUCAAAGUUUUGAAAAGAGAAAGGUUUCAUAAUUUGAGAGGAAGCCAUAAGUUUUAUAUUUAAUUCAGGCCGAAUCACUGGCGAAAAUUAGCCAAAAAAAAUUAGACUUAAGCUACAAAAAAGAACAGAGACCAGCAAAUGCCAUAUUGGCUGGAGAGCAGAAUCUUUUACAAGCCGUCUCCCUGUCCAUGCUAAGUCAAUACGCCUUGAUCUUACUGUGUACGUUAGCCCACUGAGAAUGUAAUUGCAAUUCAGUGUCGGUCUGUUAUCCACCUGUUCUUUCUCCAAAGAGAUUCAUAUUGAAGAAGAAACAUCUAGAUUAUUUUCGCUUCAUCUAAGUAGGCCCUCCAAAUGCUUGAGGAAAUAACACCAUUUCUUACAAUAAAUAGGUGUAGAACGGCUUCGUAACGAAUUCUUUUGCUAAUUUCGGUAACCCUCUGACUUAGAAUUCAACUGUACAGAAUUACGCUCUGUGAGUCGUUCAGUAAUGUCUCCGAAGAAAGAGAUUAUGAAGAAGCCUACCUAAGGCUAAGUUUCACAGGAGGCCUUUACGGGGAUUUCCAAAGCUAUUGUCACACUUGGUGCUUUUUCUCUUCAAACAGAGGCUCCGUCAGUCAAAAUUAAUAUUCCCCCUUAGUAAUUGAUGAAUUCUGUGUUUUAUUUGCUUUUACAUCCUAAUAAAUUACUAAGUUUCCCGUAUUCAGCCAACACGCGCUGAAUUCGUUAAUGAUGGUCCGAUUUAAAUUCCGCUUUAAGGUUCGUUCAAAUUAGACUGUUUACAACGAUGAACGCAAUCACAUUUGACAACGCAACAACGAGCCCUUCACCAUCUUCAGGGUUAAACAUUUACGCUCAGCUGAGCCCUACCUUUUAUCUGUGCCUAGUCAUUUACGAUGCGAUCAUCGCCCUGGCGACUUCUCUGGGAAAUUUUCUCCUGCUCGUUGUAAUCUACCGCGAUCCUCUCCGUUGCCUGAGAACUCCGACAACCUCUCUGAUCGCAAAUCUCGGGGUGGCUGAUUUCUUUGUUGGAGCUUUUCUGGGAUUCGGUCGCACGGUGGAAAUGUAUUUCCUCUACAAAGGACACCAAGAACCUCAGUAUCUAAAUACUUUCCAAUAUUUCAUAGGAGCACUGGCUAUGUUUGCGGCAGUUUGUUCCAUAAUGGCGAUGUCUUGGGAUCGUUUUGUAGCAGUAACAGACCCCAUUAAUUACAAGAACAGAAUAACAGUAAAGAAAGUGAAGUUGUACAUUCUAUUAAUUUGGCUAAAUGCGUUAUUUUUGGCCGUUUUACCCGCCGCUGGUGUCAGAAAACUUGACUUUCUCUUCGCAUACUGUUACUCACAUGUGUUUGUUCCUGCAAUCGUCUUAACAAUCGCCUAUGUUGUGGUUUUCAAGACUUUAUCUAAAAAGCUUGGACAGUUUAAACGGAGAGGUUUUACAGAAAACCCACCGACCGAAACGCAUAGAAAUUACCACCACGAGAAAAAGCUGGUUUUUGCCAUCUUUCUUGUUUUAGUCGCGUUUUAUAUGUGUUUUUCCCCUUUCUUUGUGAAAGUACAUUUGUGGUUUUUCUGUUCACAGUGCGAUAGCUCUCCCGCGUUUUUAACAUAUCACUUCAUAUCGAAUGAUAUCCUUUCCCUGUCUGCACUAAUUGACCCUUUAAUCUAUGCCUGCCGAUUGCAAAGUUUCAGAAAAACUUUUUUUAGAGUGCUGGGUUUCAGAAGAAAUGCUAUUAAUGAGAGCGCAUAGGCCAAACAAAGAAUUAUUUUGUAAGCUUUUAGUCUACCUAGGCAGCUAUCAAAUUGAACUGUAGUCUCUGUCAUUUUUGACGUAGAAAUCGAAUGUUCUAGUUCAAGUAUAGGUUAGCAAAGAAUUUCUCCAAAAAAAAAAAUCUGCACUCAGAUAAUUAACAUUCUUUUAUUUAAAUUCUCUUCAAAUUGCAAUACUUUGGUAAAUCGAUUUUCGUUUUGUUUGUCUAAUAUGUGGAACAAAUUUAUUAGAUAGCCUUAUACACUAAAUACAGAAGGAAGACCGAUUGAAUUACACUCGGUUCGUAUCUUAUAUAAUUCUUCUCCUUGUAACUUGUUUCCAAAACUUAAUGAUAAGUUUUAUUCCUCCUCUGUUGUUAUUUUUCAUUUUGCAGGAGUUGUAAACGCAAUAUCGGACAAAAUUAACUACAAGUCAUGGAAAUGAGCGACUGUCGUAAUACAGAUGAAACAUUAGCUUUUAAAGAGAAUCGGACGACAAAAAAUUAACAUAUCAAUGUGAAUAUUUACUGUCAAAAAGGCGAUAGAUGAAGGAUGUUUAAUCAGUCGCCUUCGCUUUUGUUUGUUGCAAAAUCCUAGAUUGUUCACAGAUUUUAUUACCCGACCUUUCAUAUCUUGAAUGUUUUUCAGCUAACUUGGUAAUUUUGCUUCUAGUUACUCCCAAUUCCCGAGACGAACAACUUUUUUCGCCAAUACUUUGGCAAUCGUUUCGAUACGAAAGAUGAAUUUCCUAGAAAAAAACAAGUUUCUAAGGUAAUCCCGAGUAAAAUUUCUUUCAGAGAAUUAAUAUCCUAGCCCUUAUUUACAACCACCUGCAAGAUGUAAUUACUACAGUUACAAUAAUUCCCACAGACUCGUAAAUAUCGAAGAACAAUUGCCUUUACCUUACUUGUUCGUGGUACAAUAGGUUUAAAAAAAAUGAAAGCAAAUGAUUCGGUAUAUCUCAAAUUGAAGUGCGCUCGCAUUAGUCGGCGUUUUCCCGACAAAAAUAUAUUCUGACAAGUUUACCCGCGAUAAGUUUACCAAAUAUAAUGGACUUUAAAAGUACAGUAGAAGCUGAUGAAAAAUAACUACCAAAGGGAAAAAGAUAAUUAUAGAUGUUCGUUGGAAUGAAACCUUGGUUUUUUAUGAACUAAGUCCUACCACAUUAUGCCUUUGUCUAAAAAUGAUUACAACAUCAUAACAACUAAGAUAGCUCUGAUUGAGGACACAAAUAGGAGGCCUGGGAAUGAGGCGAAGGACUCUGUUCGAGUCUCGUUACCACGUUAAGGCCAAACGGAAAAUGUGACUAGCGGUCAUAGCGAUUGCGAUAUUACAAUGCCUCUUGGGAUUUCUGAUCGCCACGAUCCCCUAUUGAUGAAACUUGAUAUCUGUUUGAUCUUGAAACAGGUGCAAUUGCAACAAUUUUUUUUUUUUAAGAAAUUUUUCUUUCUAAUCGUUUCCAAUCGCCGAUAUCAACACGAUCACAGCGUAGAGAGAUCGCUAAGGACUCUGCGGCUUACAUUUUUCAGAAGUCAUUAAGUUUAAAUUAUGCCGAAAUGUGCAGUUUAAAUGCUGUAGGCGAGGAGAAAGGUUAAUGUGAAGGAGAUAGGAAGACUGGUUGUCUUCCGCUUUUACUCUCCAACCUGUCGCUGCUUACCUUACUUGGUAUUCGCAUUUUUUAAAAUUCUCUUCCAGGUUGUGUAAAGUCUUUCUAGUUGUCAUCGUCUCAUGGCAACGACACUCCGAUCUCGAUUAAAAACAAGUAGCUUUUCCUCUCAAGAAUCCCGAGAUGUUGUUCAGUUUAGCGACAACGUUUUACCAACCAAAUAUGGUUUUCUACAGCACAAGUCUUCCUUACGUGCGUGUCCUGAAUCUUAUAUAAUAAUCGGAAUUAUUUACAAAGCUUUGCUUUUCUAACUCUUUGUCACCUAUUAAUUUUGUGCGUUAUUCCAGAACCGGGUUGUCUAACGUAAUAUUGGAAAUAUUCAUCUCUGUCCAAUGUCAGUGGAAAUGACUUUACUAAUUGUUAUUUUUUAAUCUAAGUUGCUAUUGUUGGAGUGCAAAUAUAACCUACUUCAGAGAUAGGAAAUGGCCAAAAAUUAAUAUUGAGGACAAUUAUGAACGGACUAGAAAAACUCUUUGUACCAGGCCGUUGAUUUAGAUCUGUCAACAAACUGACCUUUCGGCAAAUACACCUGAUUAAAGUCGUUUAAUUCAAGUUUUGGUUGCAUGCAUUUUUUUAUGCUACUUUUGUGUAGGUCUUAAAAAUAAACUACUUUUUUCCAAUACUCUGAUCCUAUUUCUGAAAGCUCAAAUUUACGGAGUUAUUCCCCAAAGAAUGAUUUGUUGUGCAUUCGUUAACUUAAAACCACUUUUUGCUAAAGGACGUUACUUGCAUUAAAAUGAGAAAAUUAUGAGAAAACAGUAUGGACAUCUUUCUGGGUUUGUUCAAUAAUGUGAAAAUCUGAAACAGAGAAAAGAAAUAAUUUCGUGCGACUUUUGACGAGAAGAAGUAUACUCAACUAUUUUAGAUGUAUUUAUUGCAACUUUUUCAAACAGAUUGAAAAGUCCUUAUCCAAGGUGUAGGACUUCAUCUUAAAAUCUCAAAACUCGAAAGGUUUGGAAAGGCUCAGAUUUUUUUUGCGCUAUGCUUUUGAAAGACACUUUUUGUCAUUUUUGCUAUGUUUUGUCGAGAUGACGAUAAAGGAUAUGUGAUAUUGCAUAAUAUGAAAACGUAUCCUUUCUCUUUUUUCCACACACGAUCCGUGCACAUUGAUAUGUUUUUUAAACAAGCCGUUCAACGGCAAUGCGUUGUCUCAAGCCCAACACUGUAAGGAACGUCUUACGAAAGCUUUGCAGUCGCCAGGCAUAGAUAAAAGGAUUGAUCAGCGAAGAAAGUGAUAAAAUAUCAUUUGUUAUGAAGUGGUAUGUUAUGAAAGCAGCGGAGGUUUCACAUUGUGAACAGAAGAACCACAAGUGUACCUUGACAACAAACGGAAAAAAGCAAGUAUAGAACACAACUAACACAAGGAAGAUGGCUAACACCAGCUUUUUCUCUCGUUUAAAGUUCCUCCGCGUUUCGUUCGUCGAGUUUCCUGCACACACUCGCCGGUUAAAAGUUUGUAGUUUUUGAGACAACGUCCUGAAAACCACAACGUAGGCGACUGUUAGGAGGAUUGCAGGAAGAAACACAUGCGAGUAACUGUAUGCGUAGAGGAAAGUUAUUUUUUUGACACCAGCGGCGGGUAAAACGGCCAUAAAUGACGCAUUUAACCAAAUAAACAGAAUGUACAAUUUCACUCUCUUGACUGUUAUCCUGUUCUUGUAGUUAAUGUGGUCUGUUACUGCUACAAAACGAUCCCAAGACAUCGCUAUUAUGGAACAAACUGCCGCAAACAUAGCCAGUACUCCUAUGAAAUAUUGGAAAGUAUUUAGAUACGGGGGCUCUUGGUGUCCUUUGUAGAGGAAAUACAUUUCCACCGUGCGACCGAAUCCCAUGAGAGCUCCAACAAAGAAAUCAGCCACCCCGAGAUUUGCGAUCAGAAAAGUUGUCGGAGUUCUCAGGCAACGGAAAGGAUCGCGGUAGAUUACAACGAGCAGGAGAAAAUUUGCCAGAGUUGUUGCCACGGCGAUGAUCGCAUCGUAAAUGACGAGGCACAGAUAAAAUGUAGGGCUCAGCACAGCGUAAAUGUUUAACCCUGAAGAUGGUGAAGAGCGUGGUGUUGUGUUGUUAAAUGUGGUUGCGUUCAUCAUUACAACACACGGUUCGUUUGCUGUGACAGCUCUGGAGAUGUUGUGUCUUUCUUAAGGACUAUUCUACCAACAGUGCAUGUGAAUCAGAACUUUCCUCGCUACUUUUGGCAAAUGAGUCAGUUUUACCUCCCCGUAUCAUGUGAUCACGAACCAAUGGUGUCGACGUCUUCCCUUAUACUGCGCAUGAGUAGUUUCCGUUUCCCUUUUAUUAGCAUUGUAAGCGUGGGUCGCGAAAGAAUUGAGUCAGGACAUUAGGUUUAAUAGAGCAAAAGAAAAACAUUUUGCGCGCUUUAUUACGCCUGGUGUCCUCACCCUACCCCUGCUUGGCUGGAAGCAAAUAAAAAAUACUGCCACACAGGCUAUCUUAUCUCGAAACUCAAAGGGGCGAAUGUGCAAUAUUAUCAUAUGACCCGAACGGCCCCGUGCGCCUUUUUAAUCGAGAAACAUUAAACAAAAAUCUCCGUGUGGGUACUGUACGAUAGCGUUAGUAGGCCUUACAAAACACUACGGCCUCGCAAGCUGCGAGGUUGAAGAAGAAACGAAGGAAAAUAAAGAACGAUGGCCAUAUGAUAGAAUGCCAAAUUAGGUCCGGCCGGGCUGGUCACGAGGUCAGGCCAAAUAUGUUCCCUUCCGGCGCCUGGCACAUAUAGAUUUGACGACUGCCUCAUGUGUGUCACCUUUAAUCACACAGGCUUUUUUCUUCUCAGGAUGCAGUUAUGGACCAUAUCUUUGAAUUGCUGUUAGAGUUCUUUUCUAUACAUGCGCACUCGAUAGCAUUCCCAGAAGUUGCCCUACCUGCCGUGUUAAGGGUAAGUAAUUCUAAUUUUGUGGUAUAUAGCGGUUUUCGAUUGUUGUAAAACCAAAGUCAAAGUAAUCAAAACGGCGAAUCAGAACAAGGGAAAAUACCUGCAGGUGUCAAUGAGAACUCAAAGUAAAAACAACCCCGCUCCGUAAAGUGCGCGGAAACGCGGGCGAACAAGACGUGAGUGGUUUCAGUUUUGCAUCCGAUUGGUAGAAAGAGUAGGGCAUAUUUUCCGGACCAAUCACGGAGCACGGGUGAAGCAAAAUCAAUGCGAUCGCGGAUUACUUACAACACUAUAAUGAAAACUGUUUUGUAUGGCCAUGACAACGCUAUUUACUCUCCUUUCGCAGCUAAGAAAGUUUAUUAAGACAACAAGCGUUCCAAAAUACCGGAAGCAGUUCAAGCAACUCGUUGACAAGGUAAUAGUUAAGUAAACCUUCCAAUUCUCCCUCAUUGUGCAGUUUUAUUACAGGAAUCGGUUCAAAUUUUUGUCGUCCUUUUUACCAGAUUGAGGAGACUUCCACGGAAGUAACAAACCGACGAUCUAAAGUGUCUUUUAGUCCUAAAGAUUUGGAGGAAGUGGUAAGUUUCUGAGCCAUUGUAGAGAAAGUUUCAUGGCAAGCGGACUAAACUAGCUGUAAGCUGACGGUAUCCCUAUGUAUUUUGCUCUGUACUUUCUGGAAUAACUGCGCUGUAUUUUCGAUCAAUUGUGGAAGUCUCAAAACGCUCUGAAUAAUGCUGUUGAAACGCUGUUUGCUUUUUUUCCACAGGAAAGAUGGACGGCUCAAUACAGACAACAGCCAAAUAGUAUUGUGAAGUUUUACAAGACUUGGAAGACAAUGAAACCGUCCAUACAGCAAGAGGUAAGACGCAGUGACGUAAACUUUAAAAAAGAGUGGAGUCAGAGAGAAAAUUAUGUUAGCGCGCAGUGCGGAACUUUGGGAGUGAGGCACCUCAAUCCCAAAGUUCCGCGCCGCGCGCCAACAUCAAUUUUUUUUGCCAAUUUUUCUGUUUUACUUGCGCUACGGACUUCCGAAAAGAAUGGACUGUUUACAGUCUAAAAACUGAUUUCUUUUCAAAUGUCAAUGAGUUACCUAAACUUUCGAAAAUUCUCUUAAAUGUGCUAAAAUUUCGACUAUAGUAACAGUGUUUAGCAUGGCAGUAGUUUAAACUUAAAAGCUGAGAGAGGCACUGGAAUACUAGGAAAGCCAGUUGUCUUCUCCAAAUGCCCAAAAACACAACUUAAUGAUGACGAUUAAGAGUAGAACUCGGAUCUCUCGGUCCGUAGUCGAGCAGGCUAAUUACCAGGCCACACCUUCUGUAAUAACCUAGGAUAGCUUCUGAAAACUCUUCUUAAUUAAGUAGCCUGUAGUAAGUUAGAUGUGAUAAUCUCAAAUUCACUCGAUUGUUUUGUAGGAUAGGGAAAUAGAAACUGGAAAUGGAGAGAACGAGGAAACAUCUGACGGGGAAGAAACAAAAGCGGCGUCAAAGAGGAAGAGAAAGCAUCAGAGCUCUGAAAAUAAGAGGGAACAAGAGAAAGAUAAAACGAAGAGACGGAAGGCUGUUAAUAAAACUACUUCUGAAAACACUUCACACACGAUGAACAUAACUAUGGAUGCAGACGUGGAAGACAUUGUAGAGGAUUUCCAAUUUUCAUCUGAUGAAGAUUAGUGAAGGCUCUGUACAGGAACGUACAGGAAAAAGUCAUUGUCCAAUUCAGGCUCUGCCUUUAAUAAUUUGAGAGAAAAGAAUUGAUCGGCGCAUGAGCUUUGUGUCGACUUUCAACUACAGAGAAAGUCUAAAUGUCGUCCGCCUCCUUUCAAGAAAAAAAAUCAGGCUGAUAACAUGCUGAUAUUCUGUAUUCACUUGUAUUUUAUUAAUGAUAACAAAAACAUUAAAUAAAGGAGAUUAAUUUACAGAUACUGACUAAUGUCCU